GUCACACUUAGUCUCUUAGCAUAAUACCAAUCAGGUGAAAGCCGCAUGAGCCGAAAUGGAGGACCUCGUCACGGAGCAGCCGCUGCAGCAGAACCGGGGCCGCAGCGCUGGACCAAUGCCAUUUGAGCUGCAAUGGGCCGCCUCCCCUUACUGGCCCGCAGCUCCUGUCGACUUUUGGACGCAAUCAGCCACCGGACAGGGCUUUCCCGACUUGUCCGCCACCUGCACCGAGGAGGCGGAGCCGUCGGCGACCAACAGCGGCAUCUCGACCGGAGAGGCCAACUGGAUGGGCAACCUGGCCCGGAUGAUGGUCUUUUCGGUGCUGCUCAUCGCGCUGCUGGUCGCGUCGCUGCUGCUUGGACGCACCAGCACCUGGCUGGCCGAGCACGACGAGGCCACCGGUCAGCCAGCGGACCAGCAGCACCUGUUUCCAUUGGCUGCGGGUGUGGCGUCCGGGAGGAGCGGCGUCGGAUCGUGGAUGCACGGGAACGCGUCGCAGCCACUUACAGCCGGAGCAAGUGACGCUGGUGGAAGGAGAUUUAACUCUCGCAAAGUGACCAAGAGGACAUCCAAAGAGGAAGUCGAAACGACAGAGGCUGUGACCAGCACGGCAGCGGAAAUGCCUCUCCAGGCUUCGCGGCGGGGUAAGAGAGAGAAGCUUUGCGGGGCUUUCUCCUUCGCCUUCUGCCACUCACCGGAGCAUGAGUUCUACUUCGAUGCAUCUCAAGGAGCAUGCAUCCCGGUAGCUGACCAGGAAGCGGCCGCGCUGUGUAACCGAGGAGCCAACAAGUUCACGUCGCUGGCCAGCUGCGACGCCGCCUGCGGUGCCAAUGCGAACACCGUGGAGCCAAAAUGCCGCGAGGAAGUUCUGUUCACUGAAUGCAAGAGUGAGGACAUCUCGGGCCCGCUCUGGUUCUUCAACGGCGACCUGUGUCGACCGUGGGACUUUCCCGGCGGCCUCUGCCCAGCCGCCAAUGACAGCGGGGCCAAUUUGUUUGCCUCGUCCGAAGAGUGCGGGCGCUCCUGCCAGGAGCGCAGUUCACGCACCAGCGGCUGUGGAGUCCCGAGGCAGGAGGGCUGCUCACUGGACAGACUGAAACAGCCGUACUUCGCCAACAUGGCUGCGUCGGGUGCGGCUGAGCGAUGUUUGAAAGCGACGGCCAAGAACCUUGCCCGCCAUCUGUGCCUCACGGGCAAGAACCGCUUCAGCACUCUGGAGGCUUGCAGAAAUGCUUGCGUGGGUAGCACUCGCGUGUGACGACAGUGCACGAAGUGCCAGCGCUCCUUCUGACUUAAUACACGGUUCGCUGACCCGGCUGCUCAAUCGCGCUGAUAAUUAUUAAAAAUUUGUCA